CCAGAGGGUGGAACCGGUGAAAUUUUCAACUUCCAAGUUUUGCAACGAAAGAAAGCGAGAGAGGGAGGGGAAAAAAGAGCCCAGAGCAGAAAAGAGCGGAGUUUGGAGCCGAGCGGGAGAGCGGGAUUUAUCGUUUGGGAUUUUUCAGGAGCUCGUUCCGAUCCCCCUGGGCUCUGGGCAGCGGCGGCAGCAGCAGCAGCCUCCUCGCUCGGCCGGGUCAGACGCGGGGCGAGGCGGGCGGGCGGGCGGCCGGGCGUGGAAGAGCCGGCGCGGGCGGCGGUGGCUGCAGCCGGGGACCGCGCCGCGAGCCUCUUCCGCCCGGGAGACCUGCGCCCGAGCCCCCUCCCUCACCCCGGCCUCUCCCUUCUCCCCCACCCACCCCGCCCCCACCCGGCCCUCUCCCGCGCGCGCCCCGCCACCCGCGCGCACUCGCUCACGCUCCCCCUCGCGCACACACAUGGUCGGCUCGCGGCAAAGUUUCGCCUGCGAUCGCCACUCCGGAAUCCUGCCGCAGUGCUCGGGGCUGUAACCUUGAACUUUCCCAGCGCGGUGACACAUUCUCCUCGCUCUCCCUCCCGCGCUCUCUCCUGCGCCCCCCUCCCCGCCUUUUUUAAAAAAGCAUUUCACCACCAACCACUACCCCAAUCCAACCCACCCCGAACCUUCGCGCACCCCCUAGCCCCCAACAACAACAACAACUGCAAAACAGAAAAUAAAUCCCCAAACCCAGGCGAAAAGCAGCCAACACCGGCGGCGGCGGCGGCGGCGGCCUCGGCGAGCAGGGCCAGCGCGCUCGGACUGCAAGAGGGUUAAAAGUGUAGAUUGGAUUUCACCCCGGGAAAUCUAGCACGCCGAGUGAACUUGAAUCUUUGGCUAUUUAAGGAGGACUGGGUUUGUUGUGAAGUUGCGGUGAUCCAGCGCAGAGCCCCGUCCUGAUUGAUCGCAUCGCGGGGCUCAGAUGACUGUAAAAUGAAUAGAUGAAAUUCUUGCUUCUCGAAGAUUUUCUUGGGCAUCUCCGGGAAAGUGCGUUUUAAGGCGAAGUCAUGAUGUAUUCUCCCAUCUGUCUCACUCAGGAUGAAUUUCACCCAUUCAUCGAGGCACUCCUUCCACAUGUCCGUGCAAUUGCCUACACUUGGUUCAACCUGCAGGCUCGGAAACGCAAGUACUUUAAAAAGCACGAGAAGCGAAUGUCAAAGGACGAAGAAAGAGCAGUCAAAGAUGAGCUUCUCAGCGAAAAGCCUGAAAUCAAACAGAAGUGGGCAUCCAGGCUCCUGGCCAAGCUGCGCAAAGACAUCCGCCAGGAGUACCGAGAGGACUUUGUGCUCACCGUGACUGGCAAGAAGCACCCGUGCUGUGUCUUAUCCAAUCCCGACCAGAAGGGUAAGAUUAGGAGAAUCGACUGCCUGCGACAGGCAGACAAAGUCUGGCGUCUGGAUCUAGUCAUGGUGAUCCUGUUCAAAGGCAUCCCCUUGGAAAGUACCGAUGGAGAGCGGCUCAUGAAAUCCCCUCAUUGCACAAACCCAGCACUUUGUGUCCAGCCACAUCAUAUCACAGUAUCAGUUAAGGAGCUUGAUUUGUUUUUGGCAUACUACGUGCAGGAGCAAGAUUCUGGACAAUCAGGAAGUCCAAGCCACAAUGAUCCUGCCAAGAAUCCUCCAGGUUACCUGGAGGAUAGUUUUGUAAAAUCUGGAGUCUUCAACGUGUCCGAACUUGUGAGGGUAUCCAGAACGCCCAUAACCCAGGGAACUGGAGUCAACUUCCCAAUUGGAGAAAUCCCGAGCCAACCAUACUAUCAUGACAUGAACUCGGGGGUCAAUCUUCAGAGGUCACUGUCUUCUCCACCAAGCAGCAAAAGACCCAAAACUAUAUCCAUAGACGAAAAUAUGGAACCAAGUCCUACAGGAGAUUUCUAUCCGUCUCCGAAUUCACCAGCUGCUGGAAGCCGAACAUGGCACGAAAGAGAUCAAGAUAUGUCUUCUCCGACUACUAUGAAGAAGCCUGAAAAGCCACUGUUCAGCUCUACAUCUCCACAAGAUUCUUCCCCAAGAUUGAGCACUUUCCCCCAGCACCAUCAUCCCGGAAUCCCUGGAGUUGCACACAUCAUCUCCACUCGAACUCCACCGCCACCCUCACCGCUGCCAUUUCCAACACAAGCUAUUCUUCCGCCAGCCCCAUCGAGCUACUUUUCUCAUCCAACAAUCAGAUAUCCUCCCCACCUGAAUCCUCAGGAUACUCUGAAGAACUAUGUACCUUCUUAUGACCCAUCCAGUCCGCAAACCAGCCAGCCUAACAGCAGUGGUCAAGUGGUAGGGAAAGUGCCUGGCCAUUUCACACCUGUCUUGGCACCCUCUCCCCAUCCCAGUGCAGUGCGACCUGUGACCCUGACCAUGACAGAUACUAAACCCAUCACUACAUCCACUGAAGGUGAGGCAGCUUCACCUACAGCAACCACCUACACAGCCUCAGGCACAUCUCAAGCCAAUCGAUAUGUGGGACUAAGCCCAAGAGACCCAUCCUUCCUACAUCAGCAACAGCUGAGGAUUUGUGACUGGACCAUGAAUCAAAACGGCAGGCAUUUAUACCCCAGUACCAGUGAGGAUACAUUGGGAAUUACUUGGCAAAGUCCUGGUACCUGGGCUAGCUUGGUUCCUUUCCAAGUAUCAAAUAGGACACCCAUCCUACCGGCAAAUGUCCAAAAUUACGGUUUGAACAUAAUCGGAGAACCUUUCCUUCAAGCAGAAACGAGCAACUGAGGGAAAAUGAAAUACAACAGUAGUUUAAGAAAUUAAAAAAAAAAAAAAAAGGAAAAGUGGAAGACUGGACAAAACAAAAGAAACAAAAAGGGAGAAAGGAAAGCAACUGAAGAAAGAAGAUAUAUAGACCAGCAAUUGCAGCACUUACAAUCACUAAUUCCCUUAAGGUUGAAACUGUAAUGACAUAAAAAAGGGUCGAUGAUAUUUCGCUGAUGGUAGAUCGCAGCCCCUGCAACGUAGCCUUUGUUACAUGAAGUCCGCUGGGAAAUAGAUGUUCUGUCUCUAUGACAAUAUAUUUUAACUGACUUUCUAGAUGCCUUAAUAUUUGCAUGAUAAGCUAGUUUUAUUGGUUUAGUAUUCUUGUUGUUUACGCAUGGAAUCACUAUUCCUGGUUAUCUCACCAACGAAGGCUAAGAGGCAGCAUCAGAAGUGCUGGGUGACGGAGCCAUGAGCCAGCCAUUUUCUAAGCACUCUGAUUUCUAAAAGUUAAAAAAAUAUAUAUAUAAAAUCUCUGUAGCCUUUAGUUAUCAGUACAGAUUUAUUCAAUUUUGGCCCUUAACCCAGCCUUUUCCAGUGUGUAACCCAGUUUGAAACCUUAAAAAAAAAAAAAAAAAAAAAGAAAAGAAAAGAAAAAAAAAGAAAAAAAGAAAAAAGGAAAAAAAAACAGUUUGAACACAAAGGCUCUAUGGAAGAAAUGCCUCUAUGUAGGUAAAGUGUUAUCUCUGCAUGCAACAGUAAAAAUUAAUAUAAUAUUUUCCCCACAAAAGAAACACUUAACAGAGGCAAGUGCAAUUUAUAAAUUUAUAUCUAAAGGGGAAUCAUGAUUAUAAGUCCUUCAGCCCUUGGACUCUAAAUUGAGGGGAUUAAAAAGAAUUUAAAAUAAUUUUGAACGAAUUUAUUUUCCCCUCAGUUUUUGAGGGCAUUAAAAAGGCAUUAAAUCAAGACAAAUCAUGUGCUUGAGAAAAAAAAAAUUAACGAAAACACAGCACUUAUGUUGGUUUAGCUGCAGCCUCCUUGGAGGUAGGAUUUAUUUAUUUAAAAUUACUGGUUGCAUCAAGAACCCAUAGGGUGUACGUACAAAAGGUUCUAUAAAAUCUGCAUUACAGAGACAAAGAGGCAGGCAAAUCCAUGUCACGAGGGUAAAGCUUACAGUUUACAAACUGGGAACGCCAGGGUGUAGGAUGUAAAAACGCACUCUUGAGAAAACAGUUGUAAUGAGGGUGCUGAAAACUUGCAUGGUGCUUUCAGACAUUAGCCUUGUUCAACAAAUUUCUUGUAUUGACAGAUCUGUAGUGUGCAUGGGCAGACACAUUUUGCCUCUAUGUCUCUUAAAAUUUUAAUUAAAAAUACUCUUUCCAGUAAUCCUAAUUUGCACGAAGAUAUAAUGUCCACAUUACGUGCCUUGCCUUGAAAUCUAAAAACAAAAAAAAAACAAAAAACAACAAAAAAAACACAAAAAAGUGACAUCACUACACUUGUUUUGCUGCAUUUAUUAUCAUUUUAAAUCUUUACCAUUUUUAUGACAAAAUAUUUUGUACUCCAGACGAAGAAAAAUGUGUGACAUCUUGGAUUUUUUAGACAGUUAUACCUUUAUCUCACAUUUAUAAAGCAUAUCAUGGCUGUGUAUAGUUGCCGCUUAAAAAUUGUAAUCGACCAGCAAUAUUUUCAGUAUUUUGGUGUUUUUUCUAUUAACCUUUCAUGUUUUUCAUCUUCCAAUUAAUAUUUGGGGGGGAGGGGUUUCAAAUUUAUACGAAUUAUGCAAUACCAAGUUUUGCCUAUGUAGGUAGUGCUUUUAGCUGUAUUGGUUAUUAUAGGUAAGUACACAGAUUUAAAAAAAAAAAUAAUGUAUGCUUUUUUUCGUUUGUUUGUUUUAAUUGACCAAAGUGGGUACUGCUAUUUUUGCAGUGUGAUGAGGUCCUUUGUGUACUGAGAGAUGGACAGGGGAUUUUUUUUAAUAUACAUAUAUAUAUAUUCUGGGGGGGGUGGGAGGAUUUUUAACACUUUACAGUGUAGCUGUGAAGAAGCAGUGCCCCCUGAGAUGGGCCUGGGCUGCAAAGCGACUGUUCUGUCUACUGUGACAAACUUCAACUUACACAGGUUCCCCCUUCUCAAACUUCCCACCUGGGGUGCAGGCUGAACUCAUUUCUGGUGUUCGUAACAACAGAAAUAGUAAGAACAAGUGAACACAACAAAUUCUCCUGGAGGCAGACUUAGCUUAAAAUUGUCUUACCUUCUUUUUUUUUUUUUUUUUUUUUUUGGUCCUUUUUUUGUGGGGGGAGGGGUUUGGUGGUGGUGGUGAUGGUGGUAGUUUUUCUGGAAAGUUCCGGAUCCACAGUGGAGAGUGAGCCUGUCUCAUAUUUGGCAAAAAUAUCGGUGGAAGAAUCCACAUAGUGGAGGUUUCACACUUUGGGGGUUUAGGUCUAUUUUCUCCUACAAAACCCAUCAUCCAGCUGGAGGGGUGCUCCCACAGUCUUUCUCCACAACUUCUCUUUCCCCAUUUCUUCGUUUCCUUAUUGGUAGUGGAUGAUUUACCUGUGACUCACUACUUCACAUGGAUGGCAGUGCAUUUGGGUUUUUGUUUUUUGCUUUUUGUUUUUUUUACUACAUCCAGAGGAUUGAACAGACGGUUGCUAUAGUAAAUGUAUUUGGACUUUUUGAUUAAAAUCAAAGUUCAGUUUUUAAGGAACAAAAAAAAUUAGUAAAUCUUGUUCCACUUUCAUUUUACCUGACCUUUCAAAUGGAGAACCAGAGCAGAAGGGAAAUGUAAAAUAUUCAGAAAUUAAUGUUCCUGUGGACGAAUUAAACCCAUUAGAUGCUGAUGGGAUUUUUUAAGGGAUGGUGCCUCAAAUAUAUAUUUGAUUUAGUUUCCCCUGAGGGCUAGUGGGUGAAUGGAGGCUGGUUUUAUUUUGCUCUUACACCCCUCUCCCAGCCUCCCAGUUCCAUUGCGGGAAUUCAUUACUAGAAGGAAAAUCUUUCAGAAUUAGUGACACAUACAGAGAGGGCUGUCUUGAGGAGCCCCCUGACACCUCCCCCCCCCCACCCCGGGGCCACGGCCUAAUAAAAUAAACUGUCCAUUGUUCUCACAGCGUAUGAUUUAAUAAUGAAUACUUUAGGACAAUGCUUAUGGGUCUAGAAUUGUAUUUGAUUAGCCCAUUCAGUCUGAUAGCCCACAUGCUGGAUAGCACAGCAGGACCCCAGCCACGCAAGUUGAAAAGUAAGUCCGAUCAUUUCUGUGAUACUUGCCCUGAUACAAAACAGCUCAUCUCAGCCAAGCUCUUCACGUAUCUUUGACCUAGUAGGUGAACACAUCGAACCUCACAGGACACGCAGUAUUUUUUAAAGGCAGACUCGCUCUCUCUCUCUCUCUUUCUUUUCUUUUUUUUUUUUUUUGCCAGAGAAUGAGCAGUUCUAGCUAAGUCAGUUACACACUGUGGGUAUUCCUGCCUGCCUCUUGACUACAAAGGCCUAGUUCAAGUGUUGGUUUUUUUGUUUUUGUUUUUUUAAUCCAUUUUCCCCCCUCCUUCCCUUUUGUGAGAAAACUAUUAAAGAUACUACUAUCUAUGGGAAAUCUCAAAUCCAAUUUUUGGCCUCCUCCUCUCUUCCCAGGGAAGUCUGUCUUCUGACUAAGGGCCCCGCUCUUGCAGACCUUGCACGCCCCUCCCUUCCCCAGAACUCAGAGCUUCAGGAUGGCGAAGGUCACCCAAGGGCAUCAGGAAGGGGUGGUCUUCUGCCCCUCCUCGCCCCCCGUGCGUUCCGCAGCAUUGUUCAGCUGUUUCCUUGCGUGGCUUCGUGGCUUUGUGGCCCACCACUCACAGUGCCUCUGAAGUUUCCUCUGGAGUGACAUGAGCGUUGGAGGCUUGUCUAAGGGAAAAUAAGUAAAUAAAUAAAUAAAUAAAUAAAAGGCAGUGAAGGAGACUGUACAUAAAGACAUGGCAAAAAUCUUAAUGAUAGCAAUAUAGUUAUGGGGUAAUGUUCGGGUGGGCAGCUCCAUUUAAAAAAAAAAUAUGUGAAUGAAUCUGUGAAGCUGCAAAGUAGCGAGAAGAGCGAGAGAUCUUCUUAACGAACCGCCUACCUUGUAGACAGUAAUUUGUACACUGUAUAGUUUUGUUAAGAAUUUUUUUUAAAUUAAAAUUCCCAUGUUUGUAAAGCUAACUUUUUAACAAUUAUAAUGGAACUGUAUGUUGUUUCCAUUUUUAAAGUAAACAAGAAUAUUCCUUGUUUGGAGACUGGACUUGAGUUAAAACUCUCCAGCCUCUUAAGUUAUGUAUUAAAAAAAAAAAAAAAUCUGUCCAUGUUAGGAGUUAUUUCACAGAUGCCUGUGCUUGAAAAGCAUGGGAUACUAAUCCUUUAAAAAAGUGUAAAUGGAGAAAAGUUAUAUUUUAUGAAGGUUAUUUUGUUGUAUUUAGUAUUGGGAAAGUUGGUUUUCAGAGCAUUUCAGAAUGUCAGAAGCACCACUGUCUUUUUUUAGUAUAUACGGCCUUUAGCAAAAGUUUUUGUGAUUGUUACGUGAUGGUAUUUAAGGUUAAGUUUCACAGAGCAUUCGGGAUAGGCAGAAAACAGAAAUCAGUGCUAUGUCUCACAUAAUGUGUCCUCAGGGAGCAGAGUACUGGAUUUGUGACUGGUAGCUUCGUAAGGACUCAACAAAGGGGAUUGCACGGGGACAUCUUCAGCGCUGGGACACCAGGACAUGUGCUGUCCCUAGAUUCAAAAUCUAGGCACCAUGUGAAACGAUGAAGGCUGCAGAAAGUUAUCCCAUAUUCAGUGUACAGUAUUCAUUUUUAAUGAAACAACUCUACAAUAUUGCUGGCAGAUAGGCCCCGAGCAUGACAUUCAAUAUAGUUUACAUGUUCCUGUCAAGGUCUUGGUUAACAUUAACCAGCUGCAUGCUUCCUGGACUUAAAAAAAAAAUUGGGUUUCGAUAGAAAACUUUUUUUUUUUUUUUUUUUUUUAAUGUGCAGGCUAUUCAAGUUCAAUAGGAAAAGCUCGAACUCGAAAUUGAAUGUUUUACUCCAUGCCGAAGGAGCUGAAAGCUGCCUUCAUAUUUUGCACUUUCUGGUAGUUCCCCUGUUUUUUCGAAUUCCUUAAAAAUUGUGUGGGUGGGGUGGAGCACUGCGGUUGGGGGAGAGCAUGGACCACUGAUUUUGCCCUUUGACCCUGCACAAUGACCUUUGCAUCAGCCAAACUCAUUGCCAUGACAACUCUUUGUACUGUGUCCGUGCCACAGAUCUGUUGGUUACAUUGUUAAUAGUAAAGGGGACAAGUUGGAGACGGUCAAUUUUUACAUUUUUUUUUUGUUGCAAUUUUUUCUUCAAUGGUUGUAAGUAGUUCUUUUUUUUUUUAAUAAUAAAAGGUUUCACUAGUUAAUACUCUUUAGAAAUAUCUGUGUGUUGCAAUUCAAAUGUAUGUUGAGAUUGUGAAAAGUGCUUCAGUGCUACUAGCCUACCUGGAUGCUAGACCCAGCCUCUGAGGAGCUCCUCUCAAAUGAUGACAGUUACCGGUGACACCAGGUGGCCUCCACACGCCAAGGGCAGAGUAAGCUAGUGACACUAAAGCAGUCUUGUAUUACUGUAAUUUUUGACAGAAUGGUUUUGAAAACUGUGCUACAGGGACUGAUGUGGCAAAUAUAUCUCUUUAUGCAGAAGGAAGUCUUUUUUUUUUUUUUUAAAGAAGUAUGGCUUAUUAUGCAUUCUUCAUCAAGGGCAUUGAAGUUGCAUGGACUGAUAAAAGUUGAUGCAAAACGAGAAAGAAACAAAACAAAACAAAAAAAAAAAAACCAGCAAAAUGUUUACCAAAAAACUCAAACAAAUGAGCAGUGCCUGUUCAAUUUCACAGUCUCUGUUGAGUUCAGUUGUAAAUAUGUUUCAAAUGACAUUUUCUUGGGAAAAAAAAAAAAAAUCUCUACAACAUUGUAGAAUGUGAGGGGUAACUACAUCCCAGGCAUAGGCUUCUCAAAGCUGCAUUAGAUUAUGUCUUCAUCAAGCUGUUAAUUUGUGCUUAUAUCAUAUAGAACUUUUAGCAUCCUGGGAAGAGGUACCCCCACUUCAAUGAUAUUUCUCUGAGAACAACUUUUGUAGGACUGUGUGUUUCUUUAGAUACAUUUAGUACAACUGUAGGUGACGAGUAGUCAGUUACUGCUUGCUAGCUACACACCAGGGUUGAUCCAUUUUAAAACUUUUGGCAUUCUGUCCUCAUGGGCCAUAAAUACAGAACCUUGUAUUUUAAUUAAAUUUUUUUUAAAAAAAAAGGAGGCACAUGCACAAUCUCCGUGUUGCAAACCUUUAGAGGUAGGAUGUAUUAUAUGACAGUUACUUAAUUUCUGGCGUUCAGACCUCUGGGAUCAGCCCCAGAUUGGGCCAGAAUGUUAGCGAAGGUUUUUAUGAUGCCCGGUUGGAGGAUAAUGUUCUUUGGGUACUUUUUGUGGGUUGCAAAUGAACUCAGUUGCCACAAGUUUUAAACUGGUGUAAAUCAAGCUUGACUUAAUGUGAUUGUUACUGUUAUAUCCAGCCUAUACUGCUAGCAGCUGCUCAUACUGCAGUUAAUUACUGGAAGCGGAUAUAUUUCCUAUGCAAAACCUGUUUAAACAAUAAAAUGAGCUAUGCUACAGA